CCAUCCACAUGACACGUUUCUCCUGUAAUACUCGCCGAAGAUCCUUCUCUCUUUUCUAAAAAUCAUUAGAAAUUGAGAGAAGAAAGAGAGAAAUUAGAAGUGAGCCUCAUCGCAGAAGAGAAGAAGUAAGAACUAAGAAAGGAACACAAGCCUCUAGAUCUCCUUCCAUUCUCUUCUCUCUAUCCUUCUCCAAAAUGGCUACCUUUGUUGAUAACCUCGCUCAGUACCUUGAACCUGGUCUGACCGGCAUCGUCCAUGGCUAUCGAACCUCUUCCAACUCUCUCUCUUACUCGCUACUCCCUCGUUUUCCCCUUCGAGUGGACGACUCUUCCAGUGAAGACGAAGCUGAGUCUGACAGGACGUACCGUAUCCGAGACAUUAACGAUGAGGUCGAACCGUCCAUCUUGGAUUCCCGUGAUGAGGGCACAGCGGAUAGCUGGGUGGAGCGUAACCCGUCACUGAUUCGACUCACCGGUAAGCACCCAUUCAAUUGCGAACCACCCUUGAGUCGGUUGAUGCACCACGGGUUCAUCACUCCCGCAACUCUCCACUACGUUCGCAACCAUGGUCAUGUACCCAAAGGAACCUGGGAGGACUGGACCGUCGAAGUGACCGGACUCGUAAAACGUCCAACCCGGUUCACCAUGGACCAGCUCGUGAACGAACUCCUGAGUUGUGAAUUCCCGGUGACACUCGUUUGCGCCGGGAACCGACGUAAAGAACAGAAUAUGGUGAAACAAACCAUUGGUUUCAGCUGGGGUGCUGCUGGGGUUUCUACUUCGGUGUGGCGAGGUGUACGGUUGAGAGAUGUGCUCAGGCGCUGCGGUAUCUAUAGCCGUCGGAUGGGAGCACUGAACGUGUGUUUUGAAGGAGCGGAGGAUUUGCCUGGCGGUGGUGGUUCUAAGUAUGGGACCAGCAUGAAGAAGGAGAUCGCGAUGGAUCCAUCACGUGAUAUCAUACUAGCGUAUAUGCAGAACGGAGAGCUAUUAAAGCCCGACCAUGGGUUCCCGGUGCGGAUGAUAAUACCGGGAUUUAUUGGAGGGCGGAUGGUCAAAUGGUUAAAGCGAAUAAUUGUUACCACCAAGGAAUCGGAUAACUACUAUCACUAUAACGACAACAGGGUCCUCCCAUCCCACGUGGAUGCCGAGCUAGCGAACACUGAAGCUUGGUGGUAUAAGCCUGAGUAUAUCAUCAACGAGUUGAAUAUUAACUCAGUGAUAACAACACCAUGUCAUGAGGAGAUCUUGCCAAGAAACUUUUGGACUACGCGGAGGCGGUAUAAGUUGAAGGGCUACGCAUAUACAGGUGGAGGGAGAAAGAUAACACGUGUUGAGGUGACAUUGGACGGUGGGGAGAGUUGGAUUGUUUGCCAGUUGGACAUCCAGGAGAAACCCAACAAAUAUGGCAAGUACUGGUGCUGGUGCUUCUGGUCACUUGAGGUGGAGGUACCGAAAUUACUUGGUUCCAAAGAAAUUGCUGUAAGGGCUUGGGAUGAGGCUCUUAACACUCAACCUGAGAAACUCAUCUGGAAUGUUAUGGGAAUGAUGAACAAUUGCUGGUUCAAAGUGAAGAUGAACGAACGCAAUACUCAAAAGGGUGAGAUUGGUAUCAUGUUUGAGCACCCGACCCAGCCAGCAAACCAACCGGGUGGGUGGAUGGCUCAAGAAAAGCACCUCAAAACGUCUGAGAGUAACUUGGAACCGUUGAAGAACGGCCCCUCAGUGACCUCCAAUGUGAUACCCAUGGCCGAAGUGAAGAAGCAUAACUCGGUUGACUCAGCUUGGAUUGUCGUCCAUGGUCACAUUUAUGACUGCACCCGGUUCCUCAAGGACCACCCUGGUGGCUCCGAUAGCAUCCUCAUCAACGCUGGUACUGAUUGCACCGAAGAGUUUGAUGCAAUUCACUCUGGCAAAGCCAGGAAAAUGCUUGAAGAUUAUCAAAUCGGAAAACUCAUUACCACCGUUCCUGACUCAGUUCCUGACUCGUCUAAUGUAAUAAACAACGUUGCUCUAAUACCAGGAGAAAAAAUCAAAUGCAAGCUCAUCUCUAAGACCUCAGUCUCUCAUAAUGUUCGUGUCUUUCGUUUCGCAUUACCAUCAGAAGAUCAAGUCCUUGGAUUGCCAAUAGGUAAGCACAUUUACGUUUCAGCUACAAUAGAUGGAAAGCUCUGUAUGCGUGCAUAUACUCCAACAAGCGCCAUUGAUGAGGUGGGCUACUUUGAUCUCAUCAUCAAGGUCUAUUUCAAGGGUGUAAACCCUAAAUUCCCCAAUGGAGGGCUUUUGUCGCAGUACUUGAACUCACUUCCAUUAGGUGCAACCCUUGACUUCAAGGGUCCAUUGGGUCAUAUAGAGUAUACCGGCCGAGGUAACUUCACUGUCCAUGGCAAACACAAGUUUGCAAAGAAGCUUGCCAUGAUUGCCGGUGGGACUGGAAUUACACCUAUCUAUCAAGUUAUCCAAUCAAUCUUGAAGGACCCUGAAGAUGAAACAGAGAUGUAUCUGGUCUAUGCAAAUCAAACAGAAGAUGAUAUCUUGUUAAGGGAUGGAUUGGAUUCCUGGGUGGUGAAGCAUGAGAGAUUUAAGGUGUGGUAUGUGAUAGGAGAAUCAAUAAGGGAAGGAUGGAAGUACAGUAUUGGGUCUGUUACAGAGAGUGUUCUAAGGGAACAUUUGCCGGAAGGAUCGAGCGAUACGUUGGCGUUGGCGUGUGGACCGCCGGGGAUGAUUCAAUUUGUAGUAAUGCCGGAGUUGGAGAAUAUGAACCAUGACGUUAAGAACUCAUUGCUUGUGUUUUGAAGUGCGAAGGGUGGCUAUGGUUUUAGUAUUGUUGCAUAGUUUGUACUCUCUUCUUUUAAAAUAAUUUCUUUUUUCUACUUUGUUUAAAAAAAAAAAAAGAAGGCAAAGAGGUCUCAAAUUUAGGGUUUACUUGUUAUUUUAGGGUGAGAGGAUGAUAAAAAUAUGGAGGAGCUUGUAAUGGUUGGUGGGGAAGUAUGUGAUUAUAUGUCAAAAGGAUUAUUUAUUUUAUUUACUAUUUCACCUAAGGAGAAUCAUGUAUUAUCCAUUACUAAAUUUAACAUAAAGAAUAUUUUUAUCCAA